ACCACCACCCACGUCCCACCAGUCAGCUGUUCAUCCCGCGCGGGGGGAGACGCGGCGUCGUGUACCUCCUGUGUUGGUGGUGCUUUAUCCACGUGUCGCCCGUGUUUCUGGCUCACGCUGACACUCUGGGACACGCUGGGACACUCUGGGCCUUCUCAAUCAGAUUAGGUGUGUGUGUGCAUGUGUGUGUGGAGGCAACAAGUGUGGCAGCCAGUGUGUGCGUGGUGGGGUGCAGGGGUGAUUGAAGGCAGCAGGAAGUGUAUUGCCUGGGGCGGUGCUGGCCGGCGGACCAUGGAUGAUGUAGAUGCCCAAGAGAGGGAGCACUUCAUCAGGAUUGUGCGUGCCUUCAAGUCCUAUCGGCACUACUCCCUGAAGAAGGUGACGGAGAAGGAGGCGUACAUCAAGAGCCUGCCGCCCCACCACCAGAUGCUGCUGCGCUCCUACCUGCGCCACCUGGAGGAGCAGCGCCUUUGCAUCGAGCACAACGCAGAGAUCAUCAAGCUCAUCGUCAGGGAUGUCGACUCCAUGUUUGAGAACCAGCCGCAGCCUGUGGUUGAGGAGGAGUGCCUUGGCAACACCAUGCUCGUGUCGGACAUCGAGAAGGUUCAGUCCACCAUCCGCCAGAUUGUGCGUGACUGGUCUCCAUCGGGCGCACACGAGCGGACGCAGUGCUACGGCCCCAUCAUUAGCAAGAUUGAGGAGCUCUUCCCCCAGGACACAGUGUGUGCCGAGGAGGUGAGCAUCCUGGUGCCUGGCGCUGGUCUGGGCCGCCUGGCGUAUGAGCUGGCCAAGCGUGGCUACACCUGUCAGGGCAACGAAUUCAGCCUCUUUAUGCUCUUCGCCUCAAACUUCGUCCUCAACAAGUGUCGGGGGGUCAACACCUUGCGUGUGUACCCAUGGGUCCACACUGGGAGCAACCUGCUGUCCAACCGUGACCAGCUGCGUCCUGCCACUUUCCCCGACACCAACCCCUCGGACCUCCACACCCAGGCUCAGUUCACCAUGGCUGCAGGAGAUUUCUUGGAGAUCUACACGUCUGCCUCGGCCUGGGACUGCAUUGCCACCUGCUUCUUCAUCGAUUGUGCCAACAAUAUUGUCUCCUUCAUCGAGACAAUAUACAACAUCCUCAAGCCAGGUGGCUACUGGGUGAACCUCGGCCCUCUCCUCUACCACUUUGCUGACCAGCCUGGGGAAGCCUCCAUAGAGCCCAGCUUUGAGGAGGUGAAGGCUAUUGCUGAAGGAUUGGGAUUUGAGCUCUCGGUUGAGGACACGGCGCUGCACACGGCCUACACACAGAACGUUCAGUCCAUGCUUAGAUAUGAGUACCGCAGUGUGUUCUUCGUGGCCCGCAAGCCCCUGCCACCUGCCAGCUGAUGGUGAAGACACAGCUCAGCACACUUGGUAAAGCCUCUUGUCUUAAACUUAAUGGGAGAGAGCGCAGAGUCAUGAUAUCCAGAAGUAUUUACAGCGGAAAUGUUAAUAGGUACAAGGUCCACCUCGAGAGAUUGAUCUUAGAGGGACUGCUUACAUUGAGGAGGAGGAGGAGGAGGGAGGGAGGUGUGUAUACUGUAAACCCUCUUAUUUAAAACUAUUGAGCUAUAUAAACCUAUGAGUGUAAUCAAUACCAUUUAGUUGUAUGUGAGACCUCUGAUAUUACUUGACAAAAGAGAACUUACAAAACAUUAAAAACAUUUAACACAGUAACAUAUGGGAAGCAAUAACUACUUUUAACAAUACUUCUUGCUCUCAUUGGUGCCUUGUACAUAUUAAUACCUUCAAAUAUAACAAACUUCUGAAGAUAAAGACUCGCGCUCCCCUGACUAGUUUCUUAAGUAGCUACUGUAUGUGAUGGAGAGCGUGGCAUCGUUGUGACUCCACUCUCCUCUCUACUGGUUAUCAUCUGUCGCUUCUGUGCUGCCGUGCAAAUGAAAUUACCGUCACGCUGCUGGUUCGUGAGUGGAAGGGAGUGAGUGGCGAGCUCCCUCACUCCUCACUACUCACUACUCAUUGGUCAUCGCUGUACGAGGGAGAGAAUCAUUCCAUCACUGGGCCAUGAGUGUGGGGGAGGUGCAAGCUUCCCUGCUCUUCACUGCCAGUCAUCACCUCCCUCCAUCAUCUCUGUGCAAGGGGAGGAACACCAUGGCAUUGCUGGCUGUGUGGUGGAGAUGAGUGGUUGGUUGUCUUGCCUUGAUCAUAAGUUCUGUGUCAACCAGGAGUAAACCAGGAAAUUUUACGUCCCUCCUUGGGGAGAAAGUAAAGCAAACUGUGGGUCCAAAGAGCAUCGUUUUAGGACUGUGCUUGAGAGUUUUUGUAUGUUCUUGCAGUAUUUCAGGACCAUGUGUGUGUAAAGUCGUUCAGUGAGGCAUUAUUUCAUCGCUGUGUACGUGUGAAGUACAGUCAUGCUCCGCCCUGCGUCAUUCACUGGUUCCGUAAGCCAUGACAUGACCUGUUUAGCUCUCCUUCCACAUGGUGCUGUUGUUUCAGUCUGGUAUACGUGUGUGUUGUAUCUUAUAUUUAUAUAGCAAUAUGGUGCUAGCCUGGACUGGCUUAGCCUAUGCUGCUGAGCAAUAUAAAGUCAGACAUAAUGGCACUCGCUGAACAUAAAAGUCCCCUAGAAAAGUGGUGUAAAGUCCAAUUUGACUGUUUAAAAUGACGUAAGGCAGGGCAUGACUGUAGUUCUGUGUGGCGUUGUUUCAGGACUGUUCGUACAAAGCUGUUAUGUUUUGUGUCUUUUGAGGAGUGUGUGCGUGUUAGGUCUUCUAAGGGGCAUCAUCACUUCAGGGCUGUGUCAGGGAAAAUUUGUUUUGUUGUGCAGACUUUGAGAAUUGUAAAUGUGUGACUCUGGGCCAUUCAUACAGUCCAAGAGAACAAGUGUGUAAGCUCCACAGCCAAACACAAAACACAACGGAAAUUCCUAGUAGCUCUGGUGUUUGCCGUUGAUAUAAAAAGGAAGAAAUUCUAGGAAGCUACACAGGAAAUCUCUCUAAUAGUAUCUGGUGUUGAUUAGAAAUAACAGAUCAUUGAGGAGAAUAUAGUUUGGUUUGGGUGCUUACAAUGCCUCUGUGGUGGACUGUGGAGCUGCUGGCCCUCUGUGCACUCUCCUGUAGUAGCUGCACGUGUUUCAGUCCUGGUUCUCAGAUGCUUUCAGCUCUCACAACAAAUGUUUCCAAAGGCCACAAAGAAGAUUAGUCAGGUUCUCAUGAGUUUUAUUUCACAUUCAUGGUGCAGGAGCCUUGUCAAACCAUCACUAGGCUCAUGAAACUACCCAUGGAAGUGCCCACAACCUCUAGCAAAGCCUUAUCUAGUGUGGGUGUGUAAGCCCCAGACUGUCUGAGAUUAUUGACCCUAGUCUCACCAAGGCCCCUCUGAGCUGAGUGUCAGCUCCCAUCCCUUCCACAGUGAUGGACAUAACCCACUCCCAUUCUUAUUGUCUGAAUGCAGAUAAGAGUUUAAUAAAGAUAUUAACUUA